AUGGGUCGUAUUCGUAAAAAUGAAGUUUCAGAUGAUUAUUUAUCAAAACAUGAAUAUGAAGAUUAUAAAAAAAAAUUUCCUGAUUCUUUAAAGCAGGGUGUCCCAUUUUCUAAUCAAUGGAAGAUUCAUGGAGAACUUGGAAAGAUUAAAGAAGAAAAUAAAUUUACAACCGCGUUUUUUAAGGCUGCACAAAUUUAUGCCAACACCCCCGAUAGCAGUUCAAGCAGUUCACGAUUCAGAAGAUCCUCUAUAAAUUCUGAAGAAUUUGACAAUGAUCUAGAUCUGACAGCAAGCAGUUCAACACCUCAAAACCAAAUUACUAUCGAUCUCGUUGCUUCUAACGAAAGAAAAAUUAUCCUUGAAUCACAAGAAACUGAAUUCAAAUACACAAUUAAAAACCUUAAAGACACUAUCAAAGACUUUGAAGCUACUAUUAAUGUUCUCAGAAAUAACGAAAUAAAUCUCAAAGUGCAAUAUAAAGAACUUUCAAGAGAAUUAACUUUGUUAAAAAACAAAAAUGAAGAAUCCGAAAAUAGAAAAAAAUAA